UUUGAAAUCUGACAAUUUGGAUUACCAAAAUUUUGGACAUUCAGAUUCAAACUUAUGUGAUGAAAGUGAAAGAUUAAGUGAUGAACAUUGUAAGAACCUUGAUGUUAAUAGUGGACAAAGUGAACACUUAAGUUUAUCGGAGAACACUGUAAACAGUCGGUAUGGUGUUGAUGUCCGUAAAAUGGUUGAAAUGCAUCCAGAUGUGAGUUAUCGAGGUAGUGAUCUAAAAGAUGCCUUUUAUAUUAAAACUUACUAUCAACCAGCUGGGAUUAUACAGGAACUUGAACCAUUUAUACAGCACAAUACAACACUUACAUCUCAAAAUAUCUCAACUGAUUGUAUCAACAAUGGGCACUCGGAUCAACAAAAUGGACAUUCUGGAACAAAAAUUGUGACCAUGGACUUACCUGUAUUAAACAAGGAGGGAAAGCAAAAGGACAAAGUUUUCAAAAAGACAAGUGAAAAAGACCUUAUACUGGAAUCAGACCAUGAUAUUUCUACAGAAAGAAGCUCUAAAUUAUUAGAACAAGAAAAUGCAGACAUUGUAAAUAGUGAAUUAAGGAAUAAUGAUAAAGAUGAAAUUAGAAUUCCAAGCUCCUCCCAUGAUAAAGAUAAAAGACAGUUUUGUUUGGAUGAUAUUUACAAUUCUGAUGUGGUUAGAUUAAUUUAUGAAAAAACAUGCCAAGAUUCCAUCGAUCAUCAAAGACAGCUAUUGAGUGAUAUACUCGAUAUGUUGCCAAAUGAACAGUUUGAGUGUCCUUCCCCUGAUGAGUCUUGGUCAUCCAGUACAGGUCCUAAUGUUACAAAUAAUGAUAACACCAAGUUUGAUAGAUUAUGCACAGUCUUGAUUAACCAGACUGAUAAUAAGCACAUAUAUUCUGCGAAGAAUUCCAAUAGUUCCUUUGAUAAUUACCAAGAUAGAUUAAGUGUAGACUUGAGCAUCCAGUCACUAGUAGAGCAUGAAGUAGAUGUUUUGAAAUCUGAGACUGAUGUGAAAUUAGACUGCAGUAGAGAAGAUAAGAUGACUUCUGACUCUAAAAACAAUUUUGAUAAAACAGAUAGUGACUUAAUAAAUAAGCUUAUUCAUACACCCAAAACUCUGAGAGAUGAUUUUCUCAUGUGUGAUGUGCCAAAUUUACCGACAGAAACUAACAGUCAACAGAUUAGUUGUAUUUUAUCUUAUGUGGACUUCAGAGAAGAAAAUGGAGGCGAGGCAUUCAUAACAUCUGGAAAUUUUAAAGAAAAAGAUUUUAUUUCACAGCAAGAAUUUUAUGACAGUGAUGAAGAAAACUUGCAGGAAACUUUAUCUAGAGAGGGAGAAAUAAAAACCUCAACACCUCGAGGUGAGGGGAGGACUGGCUGCAGUGUGUUUGAUGGUAGCGAUGAGGGAAUAAGCAGUGUUACAACAUUUCCUCAAGAUAUUAACAUUACCAACGAAAUAUCAGGCGCAAAGAUAGAUGUUAAAAGUCGUGAGUUGAUGGAUGUAGAUUAUAACAGUGUUAAGUUUGAUACCUCGACAGCUGUGUCUAACAAACUAGAACAUGUAAACGGUAAAACUCAAACAGAGAGAGAACAGGAGUACUUCGUCUGCUCGCAUGAUUACAACAAGACAAAUGCUGACUUCACUGAGGUGAGAAAUGAUAAAACAAUAUUUUCACAUGAUUCACAGGAACUGUUUGAAAAAAACUCAAAUGAAAUACAAGACUUUAUUACCUAUGAGCAAAUUUCUUUCUUGAAUUCACAGACUGUUGAACCUUUAGAUAUUAGCCGGAAACAAUUAUGUCUGAACAAUCAAAACAAAACAUUUGGUGAAAAUGUUUCGUUUUUACAGCAAUGUGAUAAUCAAGACGGAAGUAUAACAAGUGUGAAAACAGACUUUGGAUAUUUUUGUGAUUUGGACAAAAGUUUCAGUUUGCAGUCUAGACAUGGAGCCAGUGAUAAUUCUUUGGAUAAAAGUAUUGAGGAAUCAUCAGAAAUGUCAACUUCAUCGGAAAUAGACCAUUUUUCAAAAGUUUGUGUGUCAUUCUGUCCGACCAUGACAAGCUCAGCAGACGAUUUAGAGGCACAGACUCGUGAAGCAGCGUGUAGUUUAAUGGGAGUGUAUCAAGGGAAUACAAAUGUAAACAUGGCUGACAAUAUGUCUGGUGUAAUCAGGGCAUAUGGAAAUUCCUGUGACCCGGUUAAUGGUGCUAGGAUUCCACUGUCUGCCACUGUUAUUUCUGAUAAUAUGGAGAAAAAACUAAACACACCAUUAAGCUGUCAAAAUUCUGACACCAUUAACAUAACUGAGAAUAAUAUUGGCAGCUUAAGUGAGAUAGGGACCACCAAUCAGAUGGAACAAUACCAGAAUAACAAAGUGGUGGAAGAAUUCAACAAUCGAAUUACAAGUAAACACAUUACCACACCCACAACAAGAGUCAGUGGUAAAUUCUCUAGAACAAACAUCAGCAAAAAUUCAGUGAACUUUGACAAAUCAAUGCCUAAAAAGCAACCAGAAAAAAUAUCAAAAUUGGUUUUACGAGAUUCAAAGUCUUCGGUUUUAACUGUGAGUUACAAUGGCAGCCAUAUUUCUAGUCACAUUCAAGAUGGUAAAUGUUUUGAUAAUGCAAAAAACACAAACCUAAAUGGUGGAAAAAAUUUAGACAACUUGAAUUCAACAAUGAAUGAAGAUACAGACUUGUCAGCUCAAAAUCGAGAUUGUAAAUUUUACAUCAAUGAAGGAUUUACAUUAUCGAGUGCAACGGUAAAUAAAAUCUUUUCAGACAAAAUGUUGGUCCAGGAACAAAAUAAAAUGGAGGAGAAAGAUAAAACACCUAGGAAUGACCAUACAACAGCUGCUUUCUCUGUUGCAAAUUCUGACAGGCUUCAAGAUUCUGCAGUGUUUAUCUGCAAUACCCAGUCACACUCUAUUUUAUCAGAAUCUAUGAUGAAGAAAAAUGAAAUUCCAAACCUACAAAAUAACUUGAUGUCAGAAUUCUCUAAUUUAAAAGUUCAAACUACAAAUAUGCAGGCAAAUAGUUUAUCCAAUCAUUCUCAAAUGAAAAUAACUGCAGGAUAUUCAACUCAACGAGCUGCUUCAAAUUGGGGUCGUCUUCGAGCUCAACUACCACAAAUUGAAUCUACAAAGAUGACAAAUAAUAGCAAGGUCAAAGGUCAACCUACGAUAAGUUGCAACUCACCAGAGUUUAAUGAGAGAAUUGUUCAACUCAGACAAUCUGCAGAGAAGUUUGAUCAGGCUCGUAAUAAACAAAUUAAAGGAUGCAAUUCACCCCAGCUGGAGAGCAGAUUCUGUCGUGUGGCAAAGGCAGUUAUUGUUAAAAGUAAAGCAAAUGUGAUGAGUGAAAUAGAGCUGGCUGAAAUGAAAAUUAAUCAACACAAAGAAUGUUUACCUGUCUUAAGUGUGGACCUUCCUGAAAACUUGGAUUUAAAUAUACCAAAAGACCAAAACAUGAUCUCAGAAAAUCCACCAUUAGAAAAACCGGUUGUAAAUCAGGACAAGAAAUCUAAGACCAUCAACAAAACUGAAAGACGGGAAUCAACUAAAACCAGGAGCAGUAGUUUUAAACAGAAAUCAACAAAAAUACAAUCUGAGGAAGAGGUGGUGUCAACAAAACAUGCAACCUUGACAAAACCUAAAAACGAUGAAAGGUUGAUGGAAAAUAGAGACUCCACUAUGACACAGCAAAAAAUCAACAAUCCAUAUAAAAGUAAUACUUCAACAAGAAUCACACCCAGCACCAAAAAAUCAUGCAAACCCAGUUCAACUUUUUCGCGGAAAAUUCCAUCAGCAAACAAAGGAUCAAAUAAAUCAACAAUUUCUGUCAUUGACCAAUUGAAUAAACCUGAAGUUACAUCUGAUCACAAUGGACAAACCACAGAGAUAAAUAUUGUGGCAAUAAAUGAUGAUCAAGUUGCAGAGAUGAACAAAAUUAUCCUGGCAAUAAAAGAAGGAGGAGGAAAAGAUAUUAGUGAGAUUCCAGAAGCUGGCAAAACUGAUGAUGAAAGUAAUCAAGCUGAAACUUGCUUAGAAGUUACUUCACUCAGAAGUCAGAAUGAAGAAGUGACAUCACAAGAGACCGAAUUCAAUCUAGAAAGAAUUUUUCAAACAAAUCACCAGGAUCACAUUAUUCCUCAGUCGUUAGAAGAAGACGGCAAAUUGAACAGAUCAGAAGACCAAAUAGUUGAUUUAUUAAUUGAUGAAAAUAAAAUGCAUCAAGAAACUGAAUCUGAAAACAUAAUGAAUAAAAACAACCAGGUAGAUAGAGAAACAGAUCAUAAUCAGUCUGUCAACGAUGAACAGAGUAGCAGUCAAACUAUUGUUAAUGAUCAGCCUAUUUCGCAAAAAGUUUCUAUGAUUACACUGAUCAAAGCCCCUGUGAAAGCAUUCCCUCAGCAACAGCCAAAACCGACUUCCCCCCAGCCACAAAUAGCGGAAAUACCAGAUGUUACAUUGCAGAAUCAGGACGAUUCUUCUGAACUCUCGGAGGAUGAUCCUGAAAUAAAAAUGGCAAGAUUAAACCGCUUCAAGGCAACAAAAGCUCUGUGGAAAAAAACUAUAGGUCAGUUAAUAAAUAAUGCAAAAACUCCUGAAAGCCCAGAGAAAGAUCAGGGAGAGACUGACACUUCCAGGAAUAAACUGAGUCCAGGAAGAGAUAAGAUUUUAACCAUCAGGAGAAGUUUGAAUGAAAGACUUACAACACCGAUUAUGUCCCCUAUUCCAACACGGAAAUAUCUGUGGGUGAAAGGCGAAGGUGGAAUAUGGAAAAAAGAAUACUGUGAUUCCCCACAAGAUGGAUCUCUUUCACCAUGUCCUGGAUAUUCACAUCCACAAUCUGUAUCACCCUGUCCUUUCCGAUCACCUUCACCUUCCAGUUUCUUAAAAGAUGUUCGUCCUGAUUUUUCAUCAGACAAGAUUUCAGAUGUGAAAAAUGUAAGGAAAACCUUAAAAAGCCCUUCAAAUAUUAGUAAUGCUACUGACCAUGCCCAAACAGAAUGCAGUCUAUUAGUGGCUCCAGAAAUAAUUCUUAACGGAGAAGACAGCACAUUAACUGCUUCAAAACCAGACAUGAUCCAUGGUCUAGGAAUAAUAACUGAUGAAGAAGAAAUUACUACAGAAGAGAAGAAAUUAAGUCAAGUUAAGGAAAUGACAUCUGAAAAUGAGGAAGGAAGAACUUUGGAACUAGGAGGAAAACCAUCAGAAAUUACGAAGCUUAAUUUGAAAAUUACAGAGAGGAAUCUUGAAUUUGAAGAGAAAUUGAUAGAGAUCACAGAGAAAAAUGCACAAGAUGAUUUAGAUGUGGAGACAUCAGACGAAUUUGAAAUUGAGCCUGUUUACGAAAACAUUGGAGCAAGUAUGAAGAUGGUAAUUAAAAACAAAAACAUGGAAUUGGCAAUAGGUGAGAUUCCUGAAAACCACAAGACCAAAAAUGACCCCAAAAACCUCACAGAGAGAUCUAAUAAUAGAACAUCAGGAAUGUUAAUUUCAGAUGUUAUCUCAAAUACAAAUAUUUCACUGAAUGAAAACAUGAAUAUUAACACCUGCUGUGAUCCCCAUCUAUGUCAUGAUGUCGUGUCUACACAUGUCGUUUUUCAUGGGAGUAAAACAUCAAAUAUAAAUCACACUGAAAUACAACAUGUUUCAAAUACUGAACUUCAAAAUAAAAAUAUUAUGCAAAAAGUCAUGAAAGAUGAAUAUAGUAGCUCUGAUGAAGUGUGUUGCAAAGAUAAGAUUUUAGACCCAAAUAAUCAAAAACAGGAUUUAGCAAAAAUUCCUGACUUUCAAAAUAACAUUGUUCAUAGACCAAACAUUUUACAGAUGCAAAAGUUAAAUUCUAACUUUGAAACAGGGUCAGUAGAAAUCAAAGGUCGUGAGAAAACUCAUGACAAAGGCUUUCAAUCUAACGAUGUUUGGCAAGGAAGUGUGGAGUAUAUUCUUGAAAGUCCUGUUGUCUGUAAGUUACCUGAAACAAAGGAAACAAGGAUUUCUGAAACAUCCAUUGAUCAUCAUUUCACAGAACUGAAAGUUGUCUCCCCUGAUCAGGAAAAUGUUACUCAACAAAAUGGUACUUGCAUGUCAAAUUCAUCCACAUAUCGUGAAACCAUAGCAGCACAAAAUGUGGUGGUUCCAAGACGGAUGAAAAAACAAGUGAAAUCUAAAAAUUUGAAACUGUUGACAGAAGGUGCCGUUCGUUGUCCAUCAUUAGUUUUAGAAGAAUCGUAUUCAGAUGAGGAAUUACUGGAUCACGAGGAUUCUAAACUCAGGAAAUGUGUUGUAAAAUUUGAUUCAUGUAAAAGUGUUUAUUUGGAUAAUAGCAGUAGUUUCCGCCAAGAAGAAAGUUCAGAGAAAGGGCAGCAAUGUCAUUCUGUACCUGAAACAGAAAAUGGGAAGUUCCUGAGUGAGAUAUCCGAAGCUGAUCAGGAAAAUCAGAAUAUAUGUCCAGAUACCAACAAGAAAGGAGAUAACUCUGAUAAAUCUAGCAGCAGGCGACAGAAAACACGUAAAUUGGCCAGAAGAAGUUUAAGUCUACCAUCUGGACACUUAUCAUAUAGUGACAAUGUGAAAAUAUCUUACGUGAACGGACAUUUUGCUGCCAAAAAUCAAACUCAAGAAACCUCCCCAGAUAAUGUCAGUGCUCAAGAUCUUAACAAGAACGAGAAUUGCAAAGACAAUACAAGUCCCUGUGAUUUUGUGGAGAUCAACUCGAUGAGAGAAGAAAUUUUAUCAUUGUUAAACAAACGGCUUUCGACUACUGAUAAUGCCUUCUGUGAUUUGGCAUAUGAUUGGAACUUUAAUCAUGUGGAGGAAGUGGACAAUGACAAGAAUUUCUCCUCAGUGAGUUCAACACUUCCGAGGCGACGUAAAAAGGACGGACCUCCUGGUCAGAGACCACUCUCCGUGGACGAGAGUCAGUUAUGGAGAAAUUCUUGUCAUUCAGAAAGUUCGCUUUGUUCGAAUGAGGAUGAUUUGAGUCGCGAGCGAAACCAGGAUGAUAAUAUUUCAAUAGCGUCUUCCAGAUACGAUUCACGAUACUCGAGUCAGCUUUCUAUGGAUGAAGAUACAAAGCGUUCUAAAAGUCCAAAUUUCUUUAAGAGAAUGUUGUCCAAACGAAAAUCAUUUUCCGAAAAAUUUAAGCCCACAAAAGAUGAGGUUCUGACUAAUUCCUCUGGAAAGGACGGUUCAGUGGUGCGUAGGAUGUCCUUUCGCAGCUUUUUUAAGCGGAAGGGAUUCACAAGUUCAAGAAAAGAGAGUGAUUUGGAUGAACCAAACAGUCCACCAAUUGUGGCAUUUUUAACAACAGAAGAUAUUGGAGCAAUAAGUCUUCAGGAUUCACCAUAUAUUUUCAAAUGUCCUACAGAUAAUAAUAUAAAUAUUUCUCAACUAAACUCUUACGGUAUAAAUAAUAUGGAUAAAUUACAAACUAAUACCCAUCAAUCUUCCUCAAAUUACCAAUCAAAUUCCAGAGAUAUGAAUCAAUCAAGUAAUCAGCCUCCCCCAAGGCCAUCAACAGCAAAACCAGAAAUAUCUCCUAGAAGGAAGAAUUCGGUUUGUUCGUUACGUCAGGCCAUGGGUGGGUUACAAGAUAGAAAUUCUGGGGAUUUUUAUUCUAGUGAUAUGGUGAAUUUGGAUGGAACUUUAUCUCUGCAUUCUUCUUGUUCUCCUAAUUCUUCUGUUAUGACAUUAGAAGGGGAUGUAACUCUAACAGAUUGUGAUACUACUUUAACAUACCAACAUCGUGAAACAUUAUCUCCACAUGAAUUGGAGAGACAUGUUCAAAGGGAGCUAACUGGGAGUAAUAGCAAUGACAGUGGAAUACAGCAUGACUUGAAUUUUCAAUCCAGUGCAGACUCACUUCAAAGAGUUUUAAAUGAGGCCAAUUCUCACAUCGAAACCACAGUUAGAUUACGUAAAUCACCAUCUCCUCAUCGAGAACGUCCAAAGUCUGAUACAACAUAUUCUGUACGGUGGGCGGACCUUUUAGAGCAGGUUCGAGAGAAGGAAGAGACUUUCUACACAAAAGAUGGCCAACAGAUACGACGUAAACCACGACCUAAAUCUGAUAUAGAAGACUUGCAACAGCCAAGUAAUUCAUUAAAUGAUGAUGAUGAUGAUGAUGUAUUUUGCGAAGGUGGUAGCAGUUUAUAUAUGUCUCACAUGAGGGCAUUUCUAGGAAGUAUUGGUAAUUUAAGACCAUGUGAUUCUCUACGAAGUUUGGUUGAGUUACGCCGUCAACAUCAAGAAUAUGGAAAUAAGGCACAUAAAGUAGUCAAAAAUAGACGGAUGUCCACACCACAUCCAAUCAAAUCACGAACUGAUAAGAAACAAGCUAAAGGAAAUACAAACCAUGAAUUAGUUCGAUCUCACAGCAUGCCAGAAAGUCUUGAUAAAUUACAUAGACGAAAAAACUUCCUUAGUCUGAUUGGUUGUGAUACAAAUAGUAUAUAUAGCCAAUCAGGUGGCUGUGAUGAUUCAUCUGACGAAUCAGAAAUAUCGGUGGAUUUUAACCAUCAAGAGAAGUCUCGCAAUAUACGAGGAUCACUGUUAACACUUCAAACAUUAGACGAGUUAAUUAAGGAAGAAAAUAUGAUUUACGCUGAAGCAUUAUGGGAUCAUGUUACUAUGGAUACAGAUGAGAUGGGUUUUCGUGCUGGUGAUUUGGUUCGUGUUACAGAUUUAGUGGAUAAAGAUUGGUGGUUUGGAGUGAUCGAUGAUCGUCAGGGCUGGUUUCCUGCCACGUUUGUUAGGUUACGAGUAAAUCAGGCAGCUGUUGAAGAAGAAAUGACAAUGACAAUCCAUGAAGAGUCUGAAAAUGUACCAAAGUUACGACACCAUGGUGUCAGCUACAUUGAUAAAAACCAAGCUAGAGCCAACGUUGUUAAUGAAAUAAUCAAUGCAGAACGUGAAUAUUCUAAACAUCUGAAAGAUGUGGUCGAGGGUUAUGUGAAACAAGCUCGCAAACGACCAGAAAUGUUUAGUGAAGAGAAGAUUACGACCAUGUUUGGAAAUAUUGAGGAAAUUUACACCUUUGCUAGUAAAUUUCACACUGAAUUGGAAAAACAUAUAAAUCCUACCUUCCUUCAUCUAAGUGAAAUUGGUGGCACUUUCCUCGAUAAUAGUAAACAUUUUGAGAUAUAUUCUGAUUAUUGUAAUAACCAUCCGUCUGCCUGUGAUGAACUCAAAGAAAGUUAUCGUAAUAAAAGAUACAGACAUUUCUUCGAGGCCUGUCGUCUGCUUCAAGACAUGAUAGAAAUACCACUAGAAGGUUUCUUGCUCACACCUGUUCAAAAAAUCUGUAAAUAUCAUCUUCAAUUAGCGGAACUUCUUAAAUACACACCUUUAGAUCAUCCUGAUCACACCAAUGUAAAGGGGGCGUUGGAAGCCAUGAAGAAAAUUGCAACAUUGAUCAAUGAACGUAAACGAAAGAUGGAGAGCAUUGAAAAAAUAGCAACCUGGCAGAUGUCUGUGGAUACGUGGGAGGGACCUGAUUUAUUGGACAUUAGCUCUGAGUUAAUUUAUUCUGGUGAACUUCACAAAAUCAAUUCUAGUGGCUGGUCUCAAGAACGUUAUUUCUUUCUAUUUGAUCAUCAAGUUGUUUACUGUAAAAAGGACAUAUUGAAGAAGAAUAGUUUCUGUUAUAAAGGUAGAAUUAAUUUAGAUCAAUGUGAAGUAAUACCACAGGAAGAUGGAAAAGAUACUCAAUAUAAUGUAACUGUACGGCAUGCAUGGAAACUUCACGAUACUGGAAGAGACAAGUGGUACCUUCUAGUAGCCAAAUCAGAUCAUGUUAAACAACGCUGGUUGAAGGCUUUUGAAGACGAACGACAAAGGGUGAAAGAUGACCAAGAAAAUAAUUUUAACAUACCUGCUCAUAUACGAGAGAAAGCCAUCCACAAUGUUAAACAAAAAACAAACUUACAGGGAUCAAAAGGAAAAAGAAAAAUGGCAACGAGAAGUGCCAGUUUUAAAUCAGUUUCAUCAAAAAGAGAAUAUGUUAGUGUAUCUGCCAUAGCAACAUUACCACGGAAACCAAAACGACAAGACUCAACACUGUCUAAUAUAAGUCAGUCGAAAAAGUUGACAUGGUUUUUCCUGGGAGGAAAGAAAGCAAAGUGAAUUUUGAUGUAAAAACUACACACAGAAGUCUAAAUAUACCAAAUUAUCUUCCUAGACAGGGAUGUCCAGAAAAUACUAGUUAUGUGUCCAGUAAUUAGUCAACUACUGAAAGCAUACAGUGUCGACAAGAACUGUGUGUGUGUCUAGUUAUGUGAUUGAUCUCAUUGUGUGAUGUAACAGCCAUGAUCAUUGGAUUACACAGUGCUGUCCUGGUGCCACAAGUCUUCCAUUUGAUCAUUGUUCUGCUAAGAGAAUAUAUCAUUGGAUGAUAAGACAGUAAUACAGAUUGUUUUAAACUAUGAUUGGCCAUAUGUUGGCUCGAUCUCAUGCUAGUAUAGAUCCUUUCUGUAAAAUCUAAUUUAUUUAUUUCUCCUUCCUCUCUUUUCCUUCUUCAACUUCGAUCUACUUUCAAUUUCUUUUAUAGAUGUGAGUGUUUUUAUUAUAACCAUUUUCAUAUAGGCCUAACCCUUUUAUAAAGUCUUGGGUUUUUAUCCAUUAUAAACCACUUAACCCCACCCUACCUCCACAACAUAACUCAACUCCCCAUGUAUGUAGUAAUAAAUUACAGAUUCAAAAUCUGAUUUGGCAAUUCAUUUUUAUAUGCCCACUUUGAAAUGUGGUAGUAUAUUGUCAUCGCCCCCGUCUGUCCAUCGGUCCGGCGCUUGUGGACACUCUAGAGACUAAAGUUAAUAUCCGAUUGACUUUAAAUUUAUAUACAGUGUUUAAGGCCAUGAGACGAAGAAGCCUAUUGAUUUCCAGCGAUUUCUGAUUACUGCCAGAGUUAUGGCCCUAGAUCACUUCAAAAAUCUUGUGGAUGCUCUAGAGGCUACAGUUAAUAUCUGUUUGAUUUUAAAUUUAUACACAGUGUUUAAGGUCAUGAGACGAAGACGCCUUUUGAUUUUCAGCGAUUUCCGAUAAUUACUGCCAGAGUUAUUGCCCUUGAUCACUUCAAAAAAUCUUGUGGACGCUCUAGAGGCCAAAGUUAAUAUCCAAUUGACUUUAAAUUUAUACACAGUGUUGAAGGUCAUGAAAUAAAGGAGCCUAUUGAUUUUCAGCGAUUUCUGAUAAUUACUGCCAAAGUUAUGGCCCUUGAUCACUUUGAAAAAUCUUGUGGAUGCUCUAGAGGCUAAAGUUAAUAUUUAUACACAGUGUUUGAUGUCAUGAGACAAAGAAUCCUAUUGAUUUUCAUUGAUUUCCGGUAAUUACUGCUCAAGUUAUCAUCCGAUUGACUUCAGAUUGAUACACAGAGUUUAAGAUCUUGAGACAAACAACAGCUAAAUCCAUGAUAUUAAAAGUUUUGUAUACUAAACGUUAGCAUGGGGCAGAACUUUAUAAAAACCAAACAAAUUCUAAUGUUUUUCUGAUAAUUACUUCAUGAGCUGUUACUCUUAAUCAGAUUUUAGUGUAAUCUAAAUGUUUCAUUACCGAAAAAAGUAAAACAUGCGACAAAACUUGUUGACUGCCCGGACGAUUUAGCUGCUGUGGGCGUAUGUUUCGUUGCCUGGCAACCUAUCUUUAUAUGUCCUCAUCCCUAUUGUGGACGUAUGCUGUCGCCUGUGUGUGUGUCUGUGGUUCGCCUGCAGGCCACAAUUCUUAACUGAUCAUCUUGAAACUUUACAUACUUAUUCCUUAUACUCAAAGGAUGAUCCCUAUUGUUUUUGGUGCAUGCCCGACACCAGGGGCAGAGCCACGCUCAUUUCUUGUAUUUGUUUGUUUGUUUGUCGUCUACAGGCCGCAUUUCUUAACAUAUCAACUUUACAUACUUAUUCCUUAUGCCAGGCAACCUAUCUUUUGUUAAUAUUUAGUCUCUAAAUUUGGCAAAACAAACCCAACGCCUAGUCAUUGCAGCUAUUUCAUAUUUUAUUCUCUUUAUUUUAAAAAGUACCAUAUCAACGAAAGCAGGGAUGUGGACGUAUAUUGCAGCAUUAGCGAUGCUCUAGUUUUUUUUGCCAUGUGUUUUGAAGAUAUUGGUUAUAUGUAAUGAUUUGCUCAAAGCAAGAUUUUGAAAUACUACUAAUCCUCCCUCAACCCUCCCCAACAAAGUCUUCCUUGGCUUGCCCCCCCCCCCCCCAACAACAACACAUUCCAUGUCUUUCACAGAUUUCAUAGUUUAUCACAUUUUUAGAACAUUUGUUCUUUAAAUUGUUUUUCGUAUUUUUAUGAAAUGAAAGGCCAAUCUGGUUAAAACACAGAUCCUAUUUCGUUUUGUUUUUAUAGUUCAAAAUUUCAUUUUACUUGUCUUUACUACACAUGGAUCUGGAAGAGUUGUUAUUUAACUCGUGUUCUGAAUGGUGUCAGGGAUAAGCCAAUGAAACAGUCUGUUACGGCGAGCUUUAGGCGUGUUUUUCACGGAACUGUGGGUAAUCCACUAGUAACAUCAAUGCUGAUUGGUUAAUCAAAUGUCUGACGUCAAAAGGGUCAUAAGUCGGUCUUUUGACCCCUGACGUGACCUAUCGCUAUAACUUGUCAGAUCUUCAUGUAGUGUAGGCCAUCAAAAGUAUAUAAAAACGAAACGAAAUAUAGAUCUGUAUUUUAAUCAGAUUGGUGAAAGGCUGACCUGGGAUGGACAUUAUUGAAUAACAGUUAGAGAAAUAUUUAUACUUUACUCUUUUUAUACGCCCACAUUGUAAAAUGAAAGCAGAAGAUUAAAAAUGUUCUGAUUUAAAAUAAAUGACAUGCCGUUGAAUAUGUCCAUCUGAAGUUCAUUUUAAAUUUACUUAAAGCAAUUUAUCUGUUGUAAAUCAUAUGCCUGUAAACUUUCAUAGAAACUAUAAUAGUUAAAGAAUAGAUAAUGGAAAGGGAAUAUGUUGAAAAUUUGUAAUUGAAUUAUUAAAUUGCAAUCGUCUUUAAAUCUGUUUUGGGAUCAAAGUUUCAUUUGGGUGACAGUAAAGUUAAAGAUAUUCAUUCUUUGAGAAACAGAUUAUGUUCUAAUUCUGCCUUAAAAUUAUGCAUUUCAAUUUUACAGCUGUGUUAUAAUUAAUAAUUAGUUUGUUAACCUAAAUCUACUCUACCCAUAACUUCACCUGAAUGAAAAACAUGUACAGGUAAUUUAUUGCUACUGACAUUUAUUUAUGUAUUCUUCUGUGUAAAUAUGUAAACUAAUCAGCUGACAAUCUUGAAUUCUGAUACAAAUGGACAAUAUUAUUGUCACAGAAACAUAUCGUUAAAAUCAUCACUAUUAACCAUGGUCUCACAUUUUCAUAUAUUGUCAUAGCCCCUGUCCGUCCAGACGUCCACAGAUCACAAUUUGUAUCCGAUGUUGACGAAAGUUGAAAUAUAGGUCUAUCUCCCUAUCGAAAUUGGCAUGUAUCGGACCGUAAUUCCAUGGAUUAUGGCCCCUGAUUUUACGAAAAUCACGUUUUUAGCUUCUGGGCACACUAGAGGUCACAAUUUUCAUCCAAUUUUAAUGAAUCUUGAAAUGUUUGUUUAAAACCCAAAGAUCUUGGUUCCUGUCGAUAUUCAUGCAUAUUGAUUGUAACUUCCUGGAUUAUGUCCCCUGAUUGUACAAAAAAUCGCGUUUUUAGCUUGUGGACACCAUAGAGGUCAAAAUUUUUAUCCGAUUUGAAAAACCGUUUGUAUAUAAUAUAUCACUGUUUUACCCUAAGGAAAUGUGGGCGGUCCGGCGUCCACAAUUGCUUGUGGGCACUCUAGAGGCUAAAGUUAAUAUCCGAUUGACUUUAAAUUUAUACACAGUGUUUAAGGUCAUGAGACGAAGAAACCUAAUGAUUUUCAGCGAUUUUCGAUAAUUACUGCCAGAGUUAUGGCCCUUGAUCACUUUAAAAAAUCUUGUGGGUGCACUAGAGGCUAAAGUUAAUAUCCGAUUGACUUUAAAUUUAUACACAGUGUUUGAGGUCAUGAGUCGGAGAACCAUAUUGAUUUUAAAUGAUUUCCGAUAAUUACUGUCAAAGAUAUGGCCCUUGAUCACUUUGAAAAAUCUUGUGACGCUCUAGAGGAUAAAGUUAUCAUCCGAUUGACUUCAGAUUGAUACAGAGAGUUUAAGGUCUUGAGACGAACAAUUAUAUUGAUUUUCAAUGAAUUUUUAUGACUUGAAAAGCUAAAUCUAUGAUGUUAAGAGUUUCGUAUACUAAACGUUAGCAUGGGGCAGAACUUUAUACAAACCAAACAAAUUCUAAUGGUUUUCUGAUAAUUACUUAAUGAGUUGUUAGUCGUAAUCCGAUUUUAAUGUAUUAUAAAUGUUUCAUUACCGAAAAAAGUAAACAUAUGCGACAACUCUUGUUGACUGCCCGGACGAUUUAGCUGCUGUGGGCGUAUGUUUUGUUGUCUGGCAACCUAUCUUUUAGCUUGUGGUCCCUCUAGAGGACACAAUUUUUAUCCAAUUUAAAAAGCUGUUCGAAUAUAUCACCAUUACAACAUAAUGAUGGUCGAGUUUGAAUUUCAUGAAAAUUGGACCGAAACUGCUGGACAAAAUGGCCGCUCCUCGUAUGCAAAUAAUGUAAAAUGUGGUAUAUGAAGGUUGUGGACCCUCUAGAGAUCACAAUUUUGAUCAAACUUUAAAUUAUGUUUAUAACACAUAGAUAUGGGUUUCUUUCAAUAAUCGCGCAUAUCCUUGAUUAUGGCCCCUGAUUGUUCGAAUAAUAACGUUUUUAGCUUGUGGACCCUCUAGAAGUCACAAUAUGUAUUUAAUUUUAAAAAACGUUUAAAUAUAUAACUGUUACACCCCAAUGAAGGUUGAGUUUGAAUUUCUUAAAAUCCGACCGAAACUGCUAGACAAAAUGGCCGCUCCUCGUAUGCAAAUAGUUUUUUUUGUUGACUUGCUAUAUGAUAAUAACUGACAGUGCUGUUCAAUAAUAAUAAUAUAUAAUCACUAUUAUUGAUGAUGUAAAUAUGUAUAAACUUCUAAUAAUAAAUAUCAAAAUAAAAAUAUUACAAACUUAA